AUGGGGAAGAAGUUGGUGAUACUCAGUAAUUCCUCCAAGCGGUCCCCAUGGGUGCUGAAGGAGAUCCCUAAGUUGGGCUUGGAUGCUGCCGCUUUCCUGGGAGCCAUCACCUCCGGUGAAGAGGCGUGGAAGGCCCUACGAGAGCGAUCUGGGCAGCGCUGCGUGUGGCUGUCCAAAGUGGACGGGAGCGGAGUCACCGACUAUUUGGAGGGUACCGGCGUGUCGCUGGCUGAUGUGGAUGAAGCAGAUUUCAUCUUGAAUGGUGGUACAGCCGCUAUCAGGACUCAGGAUUGCAUGUGGCCAGUGGACUGUGAAGAGACGGGGAAUUUGGAGCCCUAUACAGAGCUCUUCAAGUUGGCCAUCUCGCGUGGGCUGCCCAUGAUUUGCGCGAACCCCGACUUCCGCUCACCGGCGAAGCCGGGCAAGCGGCAGGAAUAUUGCGCGGGCUAUGUUGCGCAGCAUUACGAGGAGUUAGGUGGCGUGGUCCAGUACUUCGGAAAGCCUCACAGCCCUCACUUCGAAGCUGCCCGCAGGCGAGGUCGGGGUGGCUGCGUGCCACGUGGGUGA